GCGCCCUCACAUGUACAUGUAGAGAAUCGGAGUAGGGGACAAGUUGACGUUGAGUCUGAGGCUGACGGUGGAGCUGAGGGUGAAGAUUUGGGAGUGGAUGAUACUUGCAGGUUGCCGAGUCACUUGAGUCCAAGAAUCCAUUCGUUUCGCGUGGUAUCCGCCCAAGAUGCCAGCAGCCAUUGCCUGGAUGCGGUAGAUGCAUUCCAGACACAAAAUCAUAAGCCAAUAUUGAUGUGCUUCAUAUGCAAAUUGUCGUUCGGCACUGUCAACUCGUUCAGCUUGCAUGCGAAUAGUGAACACCAAUUGAAUCUGGUGGAGUUGGAGCAACAGCUACUGAAUCGUGAAUUUUCGAGUGCGAUCAUUCAGCGGAAUAUGGAUGAGAAGCCGCAGAUCUCAUUUCUACAGCCAUUGGAUGUUAAGGAUGCUCUCAACAUUGAUGCCAGCGAAACAAAACGUAUUCAGGAUCAAUUUUCAGGAUCGGGCCCUGGUACGGGUCAAGGGGAAAGCUCGAGUGCCGAGGAUACCGUGGCUGAUGUUGACAUGACAGAGGAGCUGCAUAAUAUAGCAACAACUGUGAAAUUUGGUUCCUUAAACUUAGCAACAAUUAAGACUAAUGAUAAUUUAGGCGCAAAGGCAGACGGCACGGAAUUGACAGCUUGCUCGCUUCCAACAGCAAGAGGAUCAUCUGCAUCGCCGACAAAUGCAGUCGAGCCUUUGCGGGUGGCUAGUGAGGGCUCAACCCGUACGCCUACACCUCCGUCCCAACCUCCACCUCCUCCUCCCCCUCCUCCACCAUUACGUUCAGCUGCACCUCCAGCUCCACCCAGUCCACCUUCUUCAGAUGUAAAGUCCAGUACUGAUAAUAUAGAUAGCGAUAAGUCAAACAAGCGUAGCCAAAGGUCCGGAUGUGGCACUAAUUCACCCACAGCUCCACAACAGCAGCAGCCUAUGGAUGUAGAUACUGCAACUCUAACAGCGGCCGAAAUGUUGCAGCAACAUCUGCUCUCCUUGCAGCAGCAACAACAUGCGGCCGGCGUUUAUCCACCCACAAUACAGACCCAAGCUCAGGUGCAACUAAGUUCCUUUCAUGCGUCUCUCAAUGCUUUGGCUAAUGAGCAGAAUGCACGAGGUGUUAAGCUACUCACAGAAUUUCUGCAGCAGCAGCUACAGCAACAACAACAGCAUCAGCAACAGCAACAGAAACACCUUUUGUUCCCCACACACUGCUUGGAGCAUCCCGAUUUUAAGGGUGUCGACUGCAAAACUUGUGAAUUGAUUGAUAUUCAACACCGAACCAAGUCGCCGGCUACUCCUCAAUCUCAAUCCCAAUCCCAAUCUCAGUCACUGCCACAGCCUCUGCGCUCGCCCAACGGCAGCAUUUCCGCAUCUAUGCCCAUCUCGCCCACCGCCGCGUCUGUUGGCAAUACGACAGCCUCAAGCUUCACGAUUGGCGCCUGUUCCGAUCACAUUAAUGGGCGACCCCAAGGCGUGGAUUGUGGUCGCUGCGAGAUGUUAUUGAAUUCGGCUCGCCUCAGCAGCGGCGUUCAGAUGUCCACGCGUAACUCCUGCAAAACUCUAAAGUGUCCGCAAUGCAAUUGGCACUACAAAUACCAGGAAACCUUGGAAAUCCAUAUGCGGGAGAAGCAUCCAGAUGGAGAAAGUGCCUGUGGAUACUGUUUAGCAGGUCAACAGCAUCCACGGCUGGCUCGCGGCGAAUCGUACUCAUGCGGCUACAAGCCAUAUCGCUGCGAAAUUUGCAACUAUUCGACGACAACGAAGGGCAACCUAUCGAUACACAUGCAGUCGGACAAGCACUUGAACAAUAUGCAGGAGCUAAACAGUUCGCAGAACAUGGUUGCGGUAGCAGCAGCAGCAGCAGCAGCUAGCGCCAAGCUAAUGCUUCCCAGUCCAACACCGACUCAAGCAGCACCGUCUCAAACAGCAUCAGCGGCAGCAAAUGUUGGCGCUUCAGUUAAUGCCAAUAGUGCUGCAGGCAAUGUAGCAAUAACUGUGAAAGAGAUAACAACGACGGCAGCAACAUUGUCAUCGAGCAAACCGAAACCGACGUUUCGCUGCGACAUCUGCAGCUACGAAACAUCGGUGGCGCGAAAUCUGCGCAUCCACAUGACCAGUGAGAAACACACGCAUAACAUGGCAGUGCUGCAGAAUAACAUUAAGCACAUCCAGGCAUUAAAUUAUCUUCAGCAGCAGCAGCAGCAGCAGCAGCAGCAGCAACAGCAACCAGCAGCAACAGGCAAUUCGAAUACCUUUAUGACAGCUGGGCCGGAGGUAGCCUUAGCUGACUUGGCUUAUAAUCAAGCGCUGAUGAUACAGCUGUUGCAACAGAAUGCCCAAGCACAGCAGCAGCAGUUGCUGCCCUCCACUGCCAGCAAAAUGUCGCCAACAAGCACGGGCUCGCCGGCUAGCACGCCCGAGCAGCUGCACACCACGUUCGCCGCCUACUCGCCAAAGUCCAAGAAGAUUCCAACGGGGAUCGGGAAUCUGGCGACUGCAACGAGUGCUGAGCCAGAGGUGCUCGAUGCGUACUCGGAGAGCCAGCCAGAGCUGUGGCCCACGGCCCUAUAUAGCUGCUUGAUAUGCGAUUGCUAUAGCACCAACGAUAUGGAGGAGCUGAAUCAGCACCUGCUGCUGGACCGAUCGCGGCAGCUGUCAAGCUCUUCCACGGACAUCAUGGUCAUCCACAACAACAGCUACAUUUGCCGCUUAUGCAACUAUAAGACCAAUCUGAAGGCCAACUUCCAACUGCACAGCAAGACGGACAAGCACUUGCAAAAGCUCAACUUUAUCAAUCACAUUCGCGAGGGUGGGCCGCGCAACGAGUACAAGCUGCAAUACCAAGUCCAACUGGCGGCGAAUGUGGUGCAGGUGAAGUGCAACUGCUGCGACUUCCACACGAACUCCAUUCAGAAGCUCUCGCUGCACACGCAGCAGAUGCGGCAUGAUACAAUGCGCAUGAUCUUUCAGCACUUGCUGCACAUCAUACAGAAGAGUCGCAUGCAUCGUAAUUACAGGGAGUCGCCGAUGCCUAUGCCGAUGUCGAUGUCGAUGCCAAUGUCAAUGUCGCUAUCGAUGCCGAUGCAAUUGCAUAAUGACGAUCAGCAGGAGCAGCAACAGCAACAGCAACAACAACAGACAUCGCCAUCAGCAUCAUCAUCGACCCCGAAGAAAUCCCUUUGUUGUCAACUAUGUAAUUUUGUUGCCAAAAAUCUGCAUGACAUGGUACAACACGUGAAGAGCUUGCGGCACAUGCAGGUUGAGCAAUUUAUUUGCCUCCAGCGCCGUAGCGAAAAUAUGGAGAUGCUCGGACUCAACGAGGUGUUUAAGGUCACCGAACAACUGCCGCUGGCUUCCACUGAAGAUUCAAGCCUCGACUGCGGCCUCAAUUUGGCUACCACUGUUUCAGCUGGUGCAGCGACAGAAAUGGGCUUUGGAUCAUCCACGGAUGCCAAUAUAUUCUCGCCGACCUCCGUCUCCAGCUGUGCAACUUCCGGUGGCAAGGCGCAGGCGCGCGUCCCUUCCCCCUUAUUAUCGAACAGUGCGCCGACGACUAUUUUCAAAUGUAACAUCUGCGAAUAUUUUGUGCAAACGAAAAAGGAUAUGGAGGGACAUAUUGAGGCUCUUCAUCCUAGUUCCGAGAUAGACGACUAUAUUAGUAUACCGACAAACACGGCUGCGCUGCAAGCCUUUCAAACAGCAAUCGCAGCUGCUGCUCUGGCUGCAGUCCAGCGCUGUAGUGUCACACCCUCUACGACACCGACGCCGACGCCAACGCCUACGACUCCAGAUGGACUUGGCUCCGGAGUGGACUUGGAUGACUGUCCCGUUGAAAUGAAGCGCGAGCGCUUGGACGAUACCGACGAAGCUGUUGGAGAUGGUGCCAAGGAAGACGAAAAGGGCGCGAACGAGAAGCUGCCUCAAUCGGGUGUCUCAUGUCCACUAUGCUUGGAGAGCGGAUAUAACGAGAAAUCAUCCCUAGAAACGCAUCUGAUGAGCGUGCACAGUGUGACGCGAGACGGACUCGCUCGACUCCUGCAGCUGGUCAAUCGCAAGGCGUGGCGUCCUCUCAAAGACACUGAUUUGACGACGACGACAACAACAACAAUGGCAACUGAGGACAGCAAAGGUGCGAAAAGUGAUGCCACGCCCACACCCACAGCUGUCUCAACGGGCGUUAAGCAGGGCCUGGCGUGCCAGCAGUGCGAUGCGAUUUUCAAGCACGAAGAGCAGCUGCUGCAACACGCGCAGCAGGCGCAGCAUUAUCCAAUGCAAAGCGGCGAAUACCUUUGUCUGCUUGUUAACCAUGGCAAUCGGCCAUGCUAUAUGAGCUUUGGCAGCUUGUCCGCAAUGACUGGGCACUUCAAGGACUCGCACAUGAGUCUGGUCAUCUCGGAGCGGCACGUCUACAAGUACCGCUGCAAACAGUGUUCCCUGGCUUUUAAGACGCAGGAAAAGCUCACCGCUCACAUGCUCUACCACAGCAUGCGAGAUGCAACCAAGUGCUCGCUGUGCCAGCGCAAUUUCCGCAGCACUCAGGCAUUGCAGAAGCACAUGGAGCAGGCGCACCCGGCCGAAUGCUCGCCCGUCACGAGCAGCAGUCCUAGGGACAUGUCGCCCAGUCUGUUGCAUGGCGCCAGCGGGAUGGAUAAAGCACCAGCCGAGUCAAAUGUUUUUGAUUUUACUACCACACGAGCUAAUGAAACAGUUGCCAAAGCGAGUGAGACUGGAGAAAAGCAAUCGCCGCAGCACACAGCCUCGCCAUUUCCACUAGACGCAGUUGCGAAGGAAGCACCUUCGAGCUCUCAGUUAAUGUCUCCAAACGCGCAGGAUGAGCCUUCGUCAACGGAGCAGCAUCAACACUUUGCAGUGCUAACUGCUGCGCUGCUUAAACAGCAACAGCAGCAGCAAGAGGCACCGGAUGACCAGCAAUUAGCGAUCUCAAGUGGUGAGCUGCAUCAUCCACAGUUGCAGCUGCCAGCGCAGCAAGACAAGGCUUAUCCUCAUCAUCAGCAGCAGCAGUCAGCUCCAUUCGUUAACAUCAAUCCGCAGUCUUUUCAAGGACUUCAGAGUAUACAGAGCUUGCAACAAAUACAACAACAAUUGAAUGUUGCAGCAGCGGGCUCAGGGAUGCCUAUGAAUCCGGUGGACAUGCUCAACCUGAUGCAAUUUCACCACUUGAUGUCACUGAACUUUAUGAACCUGGCACCGCCGUUGAUAUUUGGUGGUAAUGAUACAGCUGGAGCCGCUGGAGCAGCAGCAGCAGCUGGAGUGGGUGGAGUCCAGAACAAUGUCAUUGGCUCCGGCGCAUCAGCUGUAACUGGCAGCUCCGAGCGCCAGUCAAAGAGCUCAGGCACUACAGCAGGCGGCAGCCUGGCAACGGAUGCAGCCAGCAUCAACCUAAUUCCACCCAACAACACUCAGCAGCAACUGAGUAGCAAUCAGAAGCGCGCUCGCACACGCAUCACGGACGACCAACUAAAGAUAUUGAGAGCUCAUUUCGACAUAAACAAUUCGCCCAGCGAGGAGAGCAUUAUGGAAAUGUCCCAGAAGGCAAAUCUGCCAAUGAAGGUUGUUAAGCACUGGUUCCGCAACACGUUGUUUAAGGAACGACAGCGCAACAAGGACUCGCCAUACAACUUUAAUAAUCCGCCAUCGACUACUCUUAAUCUAGAGGAAUAUGAACGUACUGGGCAAACAAAGGUGACCUCAUUAGUUCCAGCGGAUGCUCCAGUGGCACCAGCUUCAGCGGCAGCUGUAGGACUUGCAGCUGCAGCCAGCAACAACCUAAUUGCAACCACAUCGUUGCCAGCGGCAACUGCAACGGAAAAUGCAACUGCAACUGCAACAAAUCCGAGUAGCAACAGCAACAUAGGUGAUUUUUUUAAAGCGCAAGUUGUUGACAUGAUUCACACUCAGCCGGUAGCCAAGCAAGAAAACGCAUUACCAUUAGAGGUGCAAAUCAAAUCAGAGCCGCACGACGACAAUCUUGAUUUCUUUCACAAAAGCCAAUGCCAGCUGAAGCAGAAUCAGCAUCAGCAGGAGCAGCAACAGCAGGUGUUUCAGUUUCUGAACCAACAGCAACAAAUGGAGACAACAGAGGCGCUGGUGCCACAUCAAAAUAUGGACAUGCAUGAUAACCCAAUGCAGCUUUCAGCCGGGCACCAUCAAAGCCAACAGCAGCAGCAGCAAACGAAUUGCUUUGAAACUAAGUCGGAGAGUGGAAGUUCGGAUGUACUAUCAAGACCGCCGACUCCGAAUAGCAUUGCAGCCGGCAAUUUAUACAGUAACAUGAACGAUUUACUCAGUCAACAGCUGGAGAACAUUGGCAGUAAUAUGGGACCGCCGAAGAAAUUGCAGAUAUCCGGUAAAUCAUUUGAGAAGUUAGCGGGAACGAGCUCAUCGUCAGGCGAGCGGGCUUUGCCGACAGCGCCAGUUUGCUUGGAGAGCAAUUCGUCGAACUCAUCGAACUCUUCGUCCUCAACAUCCGGUGGGAAGCGCGCGAAUCGCACGCGCUUCACGGACUAUCAAAUCAAGGUACUGCAAGAGUUUUUUGAGAACAACUCGUAUCCAAAGGACAGUGACUUGGAGUAUCUAAGCAAGCUGCUGCUGCUGUCGCCACGGGUAAUUGUUGUGUGGUUCCAAAACGCACGACAGAAGCAGCGCAAAAUCUACGAGAAUCAGCCGAACAAUUCCCUGUAUGAAAGCGAGGAAACUAAGAAGCAAAACAUCAACUACGCCUGCAAGAAAUGCAGUCUGAUAUUCCAGCGCUACUAUGAACUGAUACGCCAUCAGAAGAAUCACUGCUUCAAGGAGGAAAACAACAAGAAAUCGGCCAAGGCACAAAUUGCAGCUGCGCAAAUCGCUCACAAUCUUAGUUCAGAGGACUCCAAUUCCUCUAUGGAUAUACAUAAUCACCAGGCAACGGGAAGCCUGGGUCAAAAUGUGGCGGCUGCUGUUGCUGUAGCUGCUGCAGCAGCAGCAGUCCACUCGGCACAUUCGAGCUCACAGCCAUUUGGAUCAUCUCCAUCGCCGCAACAUUUAUUUAGCAAGGGCUCAUCAUUAACUGACUUUAGUCCAUCGACGACACCAACGCCGCCGCAGAGGGAGCGCAGCAAUAGUCUGGACCAGCAACGUUUGCCAAAAUUUGAUUGUGAAAAAUGCGAAAUGCAGUUCAAUCAAUUUGAGUUACUGCGUGAGCAUCAGCUCAUGCACUUAAUGAGCCCGGCUCUGUUUCCUAAUAGCAGCAAUCAGCCAUCGGCCAGCCAGUCUGAAGCAGCUUAUGGUCCUUUUGGGAGUAUAUUACAGGGGCUGCAACAAGCGGCACAGCAGCAACAGCAGCAGAAAUUACAACAGCCGCCAGCAAAGAAAAGAAAAUGCUCUGAAAGCUCUUCAAAUGCUGAGGAGAUAUCAAUUGGAGAGUUUGAGACUAUACAAAAGAAACACGAGUUCCUAUAUCAAUACUUUAUGCAGAAUGAAGCCAGCGCAGAGAUUAAACAACAAUUUCUUCUUCAGCAUAAGCUACAGCAGCAGCGACAAGGAAAUGAAACGGACUUGGAGCUAGAGUUCUUGACCAAUUUCUAUCAACAAAGCGAACUGAAGAAGGUCAAUAGCUAUGAUUUUUUAUUGCAAUACUAUCAAAAAAAUGAGGAUGGAUUGAAACAGCAUAAUCAGCAACUGUCAUUUACCUCCAGCAAGAAACCCACAAUCGAAUUCCUGUUGCAAUACUAUCAGCUUAAUGAAUCUAAGAAGUUUUUUCAGUUAACGGCCUCGCCCCAAAUCAAGUCCCAACCGUCGUCGCAGCAGCCGAACGCGACGGCGGAUGAACCAAAUAUAUUGAUCGGCUUACAGGAGCAGCAGCAGCUGCAAGAGAAAAAGGUUAAGGUUGAGCAAAUUGAGGAGGAGCAGGAGAAUAGAACCGAUCCAGACGGAACACAAGGCUGUCCAGCUGAUGCGAAUGAUCUGCUGCCACCCGACGAGAAGCUUAAUAACAACCAUAUCAACAUAAGCAUCAACGAAGCUCAACGCAUGCUGAGUAGAGAUAUGAAGGAAAAUGAUGUCAUUGACCGUCGUGACGUGGCCUUGGAACAACUGAACAAGUCGAAUGAGCCCAUCAAUGGGGACAAGCAGAAAUCGCUCAACGACAAGCCGCAGUAUUUUCAAAACCUUGAAGACUUCCUCGACGCAACAAUGAUUGAGAACCAUUCGCAAAUGCUAACAUUCAACGACGACGAAAAUCCAAGUCCUAGAGUUGAGAGUAUUAAGUCCAAUGAUUGUUUGCCCCUGGACACGACAUCAGUGCAGCUCAGCGCGCCUUCCAAACAGAACAAACGGCUGAGAACAACAAUACUUCCAGAUCAACUGAAUUUUCUGUACGAGUGCUACCAAACCGAGUCCAAUCCCAGCCGUAAAAUGCUUGAGGAGAUUUCCAAAAAAGUCAAUCUUAAAAAACGUGUUGUACAAGUUUGGUUUCAGAACUCUCGAGCUAAAGAUAAGAAAUCGAGGAAUCAACGACAAUACGCGCACAUUUCGGAUGAUAACAACAGUUUUGACGGAUCUAGUGGCAAGGAGGUUGGCAACAACAGCAAUAACAGCAAUAAUGGAUUUACUGGUGGGGCUGACAUCAAGUCAACCAAGACUCUAGCAUUGAGUCAAGAAAGCAAUGACCAGCUACAAGAUUGCCAAUUGUGCCAAAUACCACAGGUGAAUAUGCAUAAGCAUGCAUUCACCGUGGAGCACAUCUGCAAGAUGAAAAACCUGCUUGAGCAAACCAGCGAGUUCUAUGCCCACAGUAAUGCCAGCGGCAGCGACAACGACAACGAGUGCGAUAGGGACAGAGAGAGGCGCUUCUACAGCCUCUCAAAGGCAUUUUUACUGCAGCACGUCGUAUCGAAUGCGAGCAAUAAUAUUGCGCCCACCGCCUCAACUGGACAAGUGGACGAUGAGAACAAUUGCUUAAUAAACUACGAUCCGAGAGAAUCGGUGCUCACUGCAGAUGAUUCGCCGGCAGAUGGACGACCGGCUACAGCUGCUGCGGUGGGCCACUUGGCUGGAGACAUCGCCGUAUCCGUGAAAGACAACGACAAUGAUAUGCCAGAGGCUGGCCGAAAGACUUCGUCGGCGAAUCGAGACCUAAUGCAAAAACUAUUCAAUCGCAAUCACAUCACUGGUAAGAUUUGCGAAAUCACAUGGAUUGCCCCGGCGGAAUUAGGAAUUAUAUUAUUACUACUACUAUUAUUAUUAUUAUCAUUACUAUUAUUUGGUUUAUAAUUAUUUUAAU